AUGGCAGGGAAACAGCCCGAUCUGCUUUUGGAUCAAACGGACGAAGCGGUGGGGUAUCUCAGUAAUCAUGGCGAUGAGGCAGCUCAGGCCAACAUGGCGGCGAUCCGUCGGAAGAUCGACUGGCACAUCCUGCCCUACAUGUUCUGCUGCUAUGUCCUGCAGUUCCUGGACAAGGUCAUGCUGAACUAUGCCGCCGUCAUGGGCAUCAAAGCUGAUCUGAAAUUGGUCGGCAAUGAGUUUUCCAACCUGGCGACCUACUUUUUCGUAGCUUAUUUGCUCGCCGAGAUUCCCAAUGUAUAUUGUCUGCAGAAAAUCCCCGCCGCUAAAUGGCUGGGUGGCAAUGUCUUUCUGUGGGGAGUAGCAGCUGCAGCGUCGGCCGGAGCUCAUGACUAUCGGGGCAUUUUGGUCGCACGAGUCUUCCUGGGCAUCUUUGAGGCGACGAUCGGUCCAUCCUUGAUGCUGAUCAGUAGCCAGUAUUAUACCCGCAGUGAGCAAGCGCCUCGCUUCACCUUCUGGUACAUGGGCCUCGGGGUGGCGCAGAUUUUGGGUGGGAUCAUUUCCUUUGCCUUCCAGCAUGUCGAACAUGCGGCUCUCAGCAGCUGGCGGAUCAUGUUUCUCGUGCUGGGGCUGGUCACAGUGGUGGUUGGUGCCUUAACAUUCUUCUUCAUCCCCGAUACGCCGGUCAAGGCGCCCUGGCUGUCGGACAGCGAUAAGGUUGCUCUCUUGCAGCAUGUCAGCGAGAACCAGACGGGACUGUGGAGCAGUUCGAUCAAUGUAAAACAGAUCGGCGAGGCUGUGCUGGACGUUCAGCUCUGGCUUUUGACCUUGAUUACGAUUCUGAUCUCCGUCUCCAGCGGCGUGGUGACCACGUACUCGGCCACACUGAUCGCGGGCUUUGGCUACUCAGGGCCCAUCUCCGCUCUGCUCAACACCCCGUCCGGCCUCGUCAGUAUUUUCUUCACGCUGCUGGUCGGAUAUGGAAUCCGAACGUUCUCACACCGCUGGGCUUGGAACAUCCUCUGUACUAUCCCGGGCAUCAUCGGCGGCGGGCUGAUGUCUUUCCUCCCCAAGAGUAACAUAGCCGGCGUGCUCAUGGGCAUCUACCUCGUCAAUGCCGUCGUGGCCACCCUGCCGAUCCUCUACCAGUGGACAAUGGCCAACUGCGCCGGCCACACGAAGCGCGCAUUCGCAAGCGCCCUCGUCGCGGGCUCCUUCUCCGUCGGCAAUAUCAUCGGUCCCCAGACGUUCCAGGCCCGCGAUGCGCCGGAGUAUCAUCCCGCUAAGAUCUCCGUGUUGGCUACCCAAGCAGCCGGUGCACUUCUCUCGGUCGUGCUGUUCCUUUACUACAAGUGGAUGAAUCGUCGACGCGACCGCGAACAAGGGUCCCUUGAUAGAUCGAUGGUGGAUGAGACAAAAUGGGCUGGUCUCACGGAUAAGCAGAACCCUUUCUUCCGCUACGCGUAUUAA